CUCCUGGUGCCCUCCCCUGACUCCUCAAGCACUCCCUCCUACUAAAAUACUCAGCAUCUCUCCCUGCACUGCUGUCCCUGCAUCCUCCUGUAUCCAAGCACAGCAUCCUCCCUGCCUACACACAGCAUCAUCUGGCAGCACUGGGCGCUUAGCUGCAAGCAGCACGGCAAUCCCUCUCCUGCAGUUCUGAACCAAGGACCCCUCUUUCUGGUCUGGAUAUUGCAUUAGCCCUUCCCCAGCCAAAUUGAGGCUCUUCCCCUCUUUUCUUUUGGUUCCUGAAGGGAACAGUUCUUUUCUUAAAGGCAAAAGGGGCGGCGAGGAGAAAAGAAUAAUUAACUCAGGCCCUGCAUAACUGACCUCCCCCCCCCACUCCACCCUGGUUUACAAGACAUUCCAAUUAUCAAGGCAAUAACUCAGGACUCUCCAGUGAUCACUCACUCAUCUCUGUUUCUCUGGUCCAUUCAAUCCAACACCAUCUUUGGGAUUUCUCCCAUUUGUACUAUUUCCUCCCCAUCACUGGAUUCUGCUCUCAUCCCCCACCCCAUUUGGGUACUCUAUGUUCCUCUAUGUUCCUCUCUUGCAGAUCCCUCCAUUAUUUCCCCUUCAGCCUUCCCUCUAUCAGGAGCCUUCACUCUCCUCCAUCUCUCUCCUGAGGGACCAUCAGGAUGUCCAAUUUUAAGCUUCUCCAGUUUGCCGCCCUGCAAAUCUCUAGUGUGAGAAUUACUGUGAGCUUCUCCUGAUUGCUGCUUAAAGGUUGGGGUGCUGGAUUUGCUUCUUCUCCCUUUUGCCCCGUCACGUCAGCUGAAGCCCCCCUCUCCUGUGGGACUCUGUGCCUUAAUGACAUUACCCGUGUCUUGCCUAGGCUGGCUGGGGGGAUAGAGAGUGUGAGCAGCCUCUCCCCCCUAAAAGGACGUGAUUGCCCCCCCUGCGGAUGAGGUGGAAUCCCCCACCCCUUCUUCGCGCCGUCUCCGGGAGACAGAGUAGGAAUCGAGAGCAGGAUUGUGUAAAGGGAGGUCAGGAUGGCUUCCUUGCAGUUUGUCUUAAGGGGCUCUUGGAAAGGGCUGUGAAUCUCUCCCCCAAAUACCCUCCGCACUAGCUUCUCUUCACCCCCCAUCGGUGUGUGGCUACUAAGAGAUCAAGGAACAGAGCUCUACUCAGCUGGCACCUCUCUCUUGCUGCAUCUUCAUCUAUCUCUCUGUAUAAUCUACUGGCCAUUCACUGCCUGCUUGUGUAUUGGUGUCCAGCAAGAGUUCAGCUGCAAAAUGUUAUUAUGGCUUCCAGAUUCUCGGUGGUGUCAGCCUGGCUGCGCCCCGAUCCGUCUCCAUGAGGAGUAGAAGAAGAUGCUGCAACUUGAGCUGGGAGCUCCGCUCCUCCUACUGCUCCUGAGUGUCACCUCCCCGGGGGUCUCACUUCUAUCAUCCUUACGUGUUGCUGCAAUCCUUGACGACCAGACUGUGUGCGGCCGUGGUGAGAGACUGGCACUGGCUCUUGCCCGUGAACAUAUCAACAGUCACGCACAGGGAUCGGCCAGCGGACGGGUGGAAGUUGAGAUUUUUGAACUGCAGAGAGACAGCCAGUACGAGACCACUGACACAAUGUGUCAGAUAUUGCCUAAAGGGGUGGUCUCCGUUCUUGGACCCUCCACCAGCCCAGCCUCUGCUUCCACGGUCAGCCACAUCUGCGGGGAGAAGGAGAUCCCUCAUAUAAAGGUGGGUCCAGAAGAAGCUCCCAAACUCCAAUACCUGAGGUUUGCUUCAGUCAGCCUGUACCCCAGCAAUGAGGACAUCAGCCUGGCAGUGUCUCAUAUCCUGAAAUCCUUCCACAACCCCUCCACCAGCCUUAUCUGUGCCAAGGCCGAAUGUUUAUUGAGGUUGGAGGAGCUUGUCCGCCAGUUCCUCAUCUCAAAGGACACUCUUUCUGUGAGGAUGUUGGACGAAUCCAAUGACCCAACGCCGCUGCUGAAGGAGAUCCGCGAUGAUAAAGUGUCUACCAUUAUUAUUGAUGCCAAUACAACUGUGUCACACCUCAUUCUCAAGAAGGCUUCCGAGCUUGGGAUGACAUCUGCUCAUUACAAGUAUAUACUGACUACAAUGGACUUCCCCUUGCUGUCCCUGGAAGGUAUAGUUAGUGACCAAUCUAACAUCCUGGGUUUUUCAAUGUAUAACAGCAGUCACCCUUUCUAUCUGGAGUUUCUAAGGAGCCUCAACAUGUCUUGGAGAGAAAACUGUGAACUUACCACAUACCUUGGGCCGGCGCUCUCUUCUGCACUGAUGUUUGACGCAGUGCAUGUAGUGGUUAGUGCCGUACGGGAAUUGAACCGAAGUCAGGAGAUUGGUGUCAAACAACUGUCCUGCAGUACAUCUCAGAUAUGGCAGCAUGGGACCAGCCUCAUGAACUACCUGCGUAUGGUAGAGUAUGAUGGUCUUACAGGACGGGUGGAAUUUAAUAGCAAAGGACAGAGAACAAACUACACCUUGAGAAUCCUGGAGAAGGCUGGCGACGGGCACCGAGAGAUCGGUGUGUGGUAUUCCAACCGCACGUUGGCCAUGAAUGCCACCAGCCUGGACAUCAACAUUUCAGAGACCCUGGAGAACAAGACACUGGUGGUCACCACUAUUCUGGAGAACCCGUACAUGAUGCGCAAGUCAAAUUACCGUUCCUUGUCUGGCAACGACCAGUAUGAAGGCUUCUGUGCUGAGAUGUUGAUGGAACUCGCAGCUCUCCUGCAUUUCAAUUACAAAAUUAAACUUGUAGAAGACGGGCUAUAUGGGGCCCCUGAACCCAACGGCUCCUGGACUGGAAUGGUGGGGGAGCUUAUUAACAGGAAAGCCGACCUUGCCGCUGCCGCUUUCACCAUCACAGCCGAGCGAGAGAAGGUGAUCGAUUUUUCCAAGCCGUUUAUGACCCUGGGCAUUAGCAUCUUGUACCGGGUGCAGAUGGGCCGGAAGCCGGGUUACUUCUCUUUCCUGGAUCCUUUCUCUCCUGCUGUUUGGCUCUUCAUGUUGUUGGCUUAUCUGGCAGUCAGCUGUGUGCUCUUCCUGGCAGCCAGGUUGAGUCCCUAUGAAUGGUAUAACCCACAUCCAUGUUUGCGUGAGCGCCACCAUAUCCUGGAGAACCAGUACACCUUGGGGAACAGCCUAUGGUUUCCGGUUGGCGGAUUCAUGCAGCAGGGGUCAGAGGUUAUGCCCAGAGCUCUCUCAACAAGAUGCGUCAGUGGUGUCUGGUGGGCAUUCACUUUAAUCAUCAUCUCCUCAUACACAGCCAACCUUGCUGCCUUCUUGACUGUACAAAGAAUGGAGGUUCCAAUCGAAUCGGCGGAUGACCUUGCAGAUCAGACCAACAUAGAAUAUGGCACCAUUCAUGGAGGUUCCACCAUGACCUUCUUCCAGAAUUCACGGUACCAAACGUACCAGCGCAUGUGGAACUACAUGAACUCCAAGCAGCCUAGUGUGUUUGUAAAGAGCACGGAGGAAGGAAUAGCACGUGUGCUGAAUUCACGCUACGCCUUUCUGCUGGAGUCCACCAUGAAUGAGUAUCACCACCGUCUCAAUUGCAACCUCACCCAGAUAGGGGGCCUGCUUGAUACCAAAGGCUACGGCAUUGGGAUGCCUCUAGGGUCUCCAUACAGAGAUGAGAUCACUCUUGCAAUUCUGCAACUUCAGGAGAACAAUCGUCUAGAAAUACUGAAGCGCAAGUGGUGGGAGGGAGGCAAAUGUCCCAAGGAGGAAGACCACAGAGCCAAAGGACUGGGAAUGGAGAAUAUUGGAGGAAUCUUUGUGGUUCUGAUCUGUGGUUUAAUAAUUGCUGUGUUUGUGGCCAUUAUGGAAUUUGUCUGGUCAACAAGACGUUCUGUGGACAAUGAGGAGAUCUCAGUGUGUCAGGAGAUGCUAAGUGAGUUACGCAGUGCUGUGUCUUGUAAGAAGACAUCUCGUUCUCGUCACCGACGUCGCCCACCACGCCAUCUUCAUGGCCGGACUCUGCUCUCUUUGAGUCGACCACCCCGUUCCACACGGGAGACCCGACUCUGCAAUGGGCGACUGUACCAGCCCCAUCAGCACCCUCCUGCCCCACCUCACCCACCCCCUGCUCCUGGUGCCCAGCGACUUCAUGAGGAUCCUCCGUCUUCCUCCACCCGUGGAGGGUGUGCUCACUUUCGAAUUUGUCAAGAAUGCAGGCGGAUACAGACUUUGAGAGGUCCACCACCACUUCCCCGACCACCUCAGUCCCCCAAGCCCCCUCCCCCACUUCCACCUGCUCCUGAAAAUGUAACGCCCCAUUCACACCACCGGAGACUGGCAGACCCAUUAGAUGAUGGAGCUCCUGAGUGAAACCUGGCUUCAAAGGUCUUAUAGAGACUAGCUGGUGUAUGGAUCAUAAAUGAGCAAGGGAAAAAUUAGACUAUGAAGAGGGAGAAUUAAGGGCACAAGGAGCCUGGACAUUUGCCCAUUCUCCCUGUUCCUCCCAAUGCUCUGUCUUAGAGUGGGAGCCUUUUUGAAGCCUCCUCUGUAUUCAUCAGAAACACUGCGAUGCCUCAGUCUUUUACAAUGUACGCUGUGCGUGCGAAAUAAACUGCCCCUUCCAAAACUUUGUGUGCCGAUUUGCCCCAUCCCAUUUCUCACUGCUCUUACUUGUCUUCUGAAAGUCCUAAGUGGGUGGGAAGAACAUUAAUAUGGUAUCACAGCUCAGGGUCAGUACCGUCUACCCCAACAAGCCAACCCACAAUGCAACAUCACUAAGAAUAAGGGGGGUUUGUAUAUAAUUUACAUGUAUAACCCACACAUAUAUAUAUGUGUGUGUGUGUUAUACAUAUGUAUAUUUAUAUAUAUAUCUGCAUUCUCUUUUUUUUAAAAAAAAACUGCAGUCCCGGUACAUAGGAGACGUGUAGAUGGGCCAUUGAGGAGAGGCACCUGAAUGAUAAAGACCUCUAUAUGCUUUCCAUUAUAAGCCCAGCACCAUCCUAUUUACAACUUUUAUACAAAUGAAAGAAAAAGAAGUGGUGUGUA